AUGUUUCAGAGGUUCCGCAAUUUCAAGUGGACUGACACAUAGAAAGGAAUGGAACAGGAUAAAUAAGUAUACGAGUUUUCAUUCUUUGUUAAACCAGCAUGAAAUUUGUAGAUUUAGGAAGGAACUAGGCUACAAAGAUGAUCGGAGAAGCUGCCACCUAUCUGCAGUGCAUAGAAAUUCAUUGUUGUCGCCAUUACUGACACAUAGAAGACACUGUUCUCCAGAGCUUCACAGUCAGUUAGGUUCUGGUUUUGGUGUGCAAGAUGCCGAGGAGAGAAUUACGUUGAAUGAACAAGAGGAUACUGCCCGGAUAAGUUCAAUUGCAAUUGAAAAUGUUGAUGCCCAUGAGGUGACAGAAACUUCUGUGGAUGUGAAGAGAGAACUUAUUAUGCUUUCUCUGCCUGCGAUUGCUGGACAGGCUAUUGAUCCCUUUGCACAACUGAUGGAGACAGCAUACAUUGGAAGAUAUAGUUCCAUGGCAUUAGCUUCUGCAGGUGUUUCUGUAUCGAUUUUUAAUGUGGUAUCAAAGUUGUUCAAUAUUCCUCUCUUCAGUGUUGCGACUUCCUUUGUUGCUGAAGACAUCUCUAGGAAUGCUAUUGAAAAUUUGUCAGCAGCUGAGAGUACUAAUGGUAAGACUCUUGAAAGAAAACAAUUAUCAUCAGUGUCCACUGCUUUACUUCUAGCAAUUUUUAUUGGCAUCAUUGAGGCUUUGGCAUUAUCUCUUGGAUCUGGAUUGUUUCUUAAGUUGAUGGGAGUACCCUCAACAUCAGAUAUGCAUGUUCCGGCAAAACAUUUUCUUUCGCUUAGAGCUCUUGGGGCUCCUGCUGUGGUAAUCUCUUUGGCUCUUCAAGGAAUUUUUCGUGGUUUUAAAGAUACACAGACGCCUGUUUUCUGUUUAGGUGUUGGUAAUGGAUUAUCCAUCUUCUUUUUCCCCAUACUUAUGUUUGGCUUUCGAAUGGGUGUGACUGGGGCAGCUCUCUCUACUGUUUUAUCUCAGUACAUUGUUGCCUUUCUGAUGAUUAGGCAUUUAAACAAGAAAGUUGUAUUAUUGCCCCCAAAGAUUGGGGAAUUGCAAUUUGGUGGCUACAUAAAAUCGGGUGGUUUUCUUAUUGGAAGAACUCUUUCAGUAUUAAUAACAAUGACUCUGGGGACUUCUAUGGCUGCUCGUCAAGGUUCACUGCCCAUGGCUGCGCAUCAGAUAUGCAUGCAAGUAUGGCUUGCUGUAUCUCUUCUAACAGAUGCGCUUGCAACAUCUGGUCAGGCAUUGAUUGCAAGUUACGUAUCUAAAGGCGACCUACAAACUGUGAAGGAAGUUGCCGACUUUGUGUUGAAAAUAGGGGUUGUCACUGGUAUUUCGUUGGCUGCAAUCCUAGGUGUGUCAUUUAGUUCUUUAGCGACCUUGUUCACAAAAGAUGCUGAAGUUCUAGCGAUUGUUAGAACUGGAGUGCUGUUCGUCAGUGCUAGUCAACCUAUAAAUGCCUUGGCGUUUAUAUUUGAUGGUCUCCAUUAUGGCGUGUCGGACUUUCCUUAUGCAGCUUGUUCUAUGAUGUUGCUGAGUGCUGUCUCUUCUGCAUUUUUGCUCUUUGCCCCAAAGACUCUCGGUCUUCGAGGGGUUUGGUUGGGCUUAACUCUAUUUAUGGCUCUGCGGAUGACAGCAGGAUUUGUCAGAAUACUAUCGAAAACCGGGCCUUGGUGGUUCCUGCACAAGGACUUGGAGAGAAGUGAGCUUAGUGUUAUUGCGGAUAACUGACCUGUAGAGUCGAAGGGCUGCAUCAAGGGAACCAGAUAUAUGUACUUUUGGAUGGAUUGAGACAUGAAAAUGUAUUUGAGCUUUUGAAUCCGGUGGCCAAGAUGGGUAGGUCUGCUUCCCUCGGUGCGGUGUCACCGACUCACCCGCCUUCAACCAACGGUCCAUUUUUUGCAGAAACUGAUGCUCGGGGCCUUUUUUGAUUUGAUUUCUCCCUCUUCGUCUUAGUCGGAGAUAUUUUCCGGGACAGUUGAGGAGGCUGUGUUGUGGACCAUGCCAUGUUUUGCCAAACGAAGCUGUA